AUGCUCAACGAAAAAGUUAUUGGGGAUUAUGCUUAUCUUAUAUCAAACGAAUACAAAGUUGGAGCAGGGUAAUUCGGCCAUGUUUAUAAGGGUUAUCAUAAGAUAACUAACCAAUUAGUAGCAAUCAAACAAAUAGAUAAAAAAUUAGUGAAAGGUAUAUAUGAAUAGAUGCUGAGACAUGAAAUUGAAAUUCUUGAACAAUUAAAUCAUUAAUAUAUAGUCAAAAUGUAUGCGCAUUAUGAAACUAUUAACAACUUUUAUAUUGUAUCUGAGUAUUGUGAAACAGGUAUAAUAAGAAAUAUUUAUAAUAGAUAUUUUAUCAAUUCUUAAACAGAAAGGGAAAGUAAACGAAGAUUUGGUUAUCAUGUAUGUUUUAUAGAUAGCAGAAGCACUAUUAUACUUAAAUUAGAAAUGUAUAUCAAUAAAUUUAUAAAGAAAUAAUACACAGAGACAUUAAACCAUCUAACAUUUUAAUUCAUAAUGGAGAGGUAAGAUUGGCUGAUUUUGGAUUUGCAAUCUAGUAGGAUAAGCUCAAAUUUGAAGAGAGAAACUUAUAAGUUGGAUCUCCCUUAUAUAUGUCUCCAGAAACUCUAUUAAAAUAAUAGUAUAAUCAUAAAACUGAUAUUUGGUCUUUAGGAAUUUUGUAUUAUGAAAUGAUUUUUGGUAUUAUUUUUUAAUUAUUUAAGGUGUGGUACCGUUUUUUUCAAUGGAAUUAGAGGAUUUAAUUAGAAAGCUGAAAUAAUAUUAGUCAGAUAAUGUAUUAGUUUUUGCACAUCCUAUUUCAGCAGGCAGUACUGAGGCAAUUAGAAAUUUAUUAGCAUUCGACCCUUAAAAUAGGUGUGAUCUACUAUCUUUGGCUCAGAUUCUUUAGAAAUAUCUUAGAAACAGAAGAUCAAUGACAAGUAGUGCGCAUCUUGAUAAUAGAUAAAUAACGCCAUAGAUGAAAAGAAGAAACACUCCAGAAAUAUGUUCAUAAAAUAAUAGUGUUAUUAUUUCUGGAAGUAAAGGUCUUCUUAAAAUUAAUACUAUUUCUGCUUAAAAGGCUUUUAAAUAAAAAACAUAUUAUAAAAUCAAUAAUUAGUAAGAACCAAAAAAAAUAGGAGAGCAACUAAAAAAUGAUGCAAUUACUAGUCAGAAGCAAGGUGUGAUUAAACAGAAAGAUUAUAAUGAUAUAAUAAAUAUGAAAAAUGAAGAUUUCUUAAGUUUUCUCAUAGAUAAAAUGGAAAAUUUAAAAAGAAUUCAAUUUUAAGAAGGACUGUCUAAAAGCCUUAGCGAAUGCUAGUUGUUUUUAGUAUGAUAUAUUUUUGAUUAUAGUAUCAAUACUAUGGAAGAGAUCAAGAAAAACUUAAACUUAUCAAAGAAAAGUUAUCAAACCUAUGA